AUGAGUUCACCGAUUGUACUGUGUGACGGCUUCGAUGUGCGUCAAUUUCUUAUCGGAAAGUUAAACGGCGAUGUAUCAUCGACGGUAACCACCGAGGAAGACGACGGAGCUGUGUUUUCCGGUGAGAGUUCACACGGAGACUUGGUUGAUGAAGAAGAGGAAUGGUCUGGAGAGAAUCGCUUCUGUUUUUACUUUGUUAAGCAAUUCGUUUAUGAUGAUCCUGAGAUUAAAGCUAAGAUCGAUGAAUCUGAUACUAAGAUUUAUCGGUGUAAUAGUGACAGGAUUCAGAUUGUUAAUAGAUUGAAAGCUAAAAGAGUUGAGAGAUUGUCUUUGAUUGAUGAAUACAAUGCAAUGUUUUGUAAUCAGUCGAAUGAACAAGAAGUGGUUAAAGAGAAAAUCAAGAGUUUGAGUGAGAGGUUAAGUGAGAUUACGAUGGAAAUUGAGUUGUUGGAUGCUCAAUUGAGUUGUGUGCUUGAUCGAAGAGACAAAGCUUUUGAAAAGAUUAAGAUUUUGAGGAUACAACGAGACAAAGGGAAUGCCGUGUAUUUCCAAAGCCGUGUUGUCAUGAAGAAAGCUUUAGAAUUAGCUGCUUCUGGAAAUGUUAGAGAUCUUGAAGAGCUAGCUAAUUCCGAGGUUGAUAGAUUUAUGUAUCGUUGGAACAAUGACAAGACGUUUAGGGAAGAUUACGAGAAAAGAAUCUUGCCUUCACUUGAUGAGCGGAAGCUGAGGCGCGAUGGGAGGAUUAGGAGCUUGGAAGGCUAUGUAGCUACUGAGAAUGGAAGUCAAGAAGCAGAGAAAAAGGCGUUAGAACUCAAGAGGUUUAGUACUGAGGAGGAGAGUGAUGAUUCUAUGGAUUUUUAUAUCCCUGUGUGUGAGAAGCUUGGAAAAGAGGACGAAGAGAUCGAUGAAGAAACUUUGAAAGAGAAGAAACGAGAAGAGCAGUUAGAGAAAGCUCGACUAGCGAUGGAAAGGAAGAGGAAGCUACAUGAGAAAGCUACUGCUAAAGCUGCCAUAAGAGUUAAGAAAGAAGCCGAAAAGAAACUUAAAGAGCGCGAGAAGAGAGCGAAGAAGAAAGCUACGUUUAACUCUUCUUCUUCAGAUGUAGACAGAACAACAGAGACAGUCACUGGGGCAUCAGAGCAAGAAAAGGAGAAACUAUUAAAUCGAAGAUCAGUGUUUCCGAAACAGAGAAGUUUUAGGUAUAGACAUCUCGGGAAAGGAAAUAAAGAUGUCCCCAAAGCCAUCUUAAAGCGUAGAAAAGCUUACAGGUUAUGGAUUUGGACUGUUUCCUCGGCUGCAGUUGCUCUCCCACUCGCUCUCCUCAUUGUGUUCUUUUACGUUCGGUGA